AUGCUGUCCCAAACUCUCCUCCGUACACUGUUAAUCGCCAUGUCUGUCGCAGCUUGUGCACUGGCUCUUUCCCCACGGACAGCCAUCCAUGAGGAUGAGCUUGACCGCUACGAUGCAUUCCUCUCCAACCUCCAAGAUACCCACUUCAUGGACAUGUACCUCGAAAACAGCCGAGUGAAGAUCGACGUCUAUGAGCACCCAUCCAACGAUCUUGCGCUGUCGGAGCAUUUCACUCCAAGCGACACUGCAAACGACUACUUCGAUCAGGAGGAGCAGCGUGCUCAAGAGGUAUUGCAGUCAGCAACGAGCUCGAACGAUACGGUACAGGAUACGACUUUGGAGACGAGAGCCGUUGAUGCCUGCCCCCGUUCUAACACUCUGUUGAGCAGGGACGCAUCGAUUCUUGAUAAGCGCGUCUCUAGGUGUUACCAGUUCUGCGGGACUAUUGCUAAUUGUCGUGGUAAUAAUGGAUGUCCUCACUGCUAUGCUGUUCGACAAGGGUGUUUGUGGCAGAAAUGGUGUCGUUAG